AUGUCACACCGAACCAGCCCUCUCGACACCACAUCUCAGAUAAUGUCCUCCACAGGCGCAGAACCCGAAGACUCCAAGGACAAAGCCCUCGAGGUGCUAGCCAUCUACCUCUCGGACGACGAGCUGGUCGACUUCAGCAACUUCAACAUGGCAGGGGGCGCCCACGGGCCCGAGGACCGCGACAGGUUCAUGGCCCUCACCAACAUGCACCAGCACGCGCUGUACCAGCUGGGGCUGGCGAUCAUGGCCUCGGAGGUCGGGGGCGAGGGCGCGCUCGAGGUCUUUUCGGACAUGCUCGCCAUGACAGGGGAGGCCCUGAGGCAGCUCAGGCAGCAGCAGCCUGAGGGCCAAGAAGAAGAAGGAUCGCCCCGGGUGGAGGAGGUUGUUACUAUUAACCCUCACCGGCAUAUGCAGCCCCAGGGGGACGGUCCGGAAGUCGGUGGUGGUGGUGGAUCUCCGGAGACCGGUUUGGGCCGGGUCGAGUCGAUAGGUGAGUGA